AUGUCGCCCGACGCCGACGCCGGGGAGGCGACGCCGGCGGUCGCGGGGACCGGCGGAGGAGCGGCGGCGGCGCGCGGGGUGAUCCGCUGGGACGAGAUCCUGCCGCGCCGCUCCCUGCGCGUGCUCCUCGUCGAGCACGACGACUCCACGCGCCAGGUCGUCACCGCGCUCCUCCGCAAGUGCGGAUACCGCGUGGCGGCGGUGGCGGACGCGUUGAAGGCGUGGGAGGUCAUGCGGGGACGCGCAUACGCCUUCGACCUCGUGCUCACCGAGGUCAACAUGCCCACGCUCUCCGGCAUCGACCUGCUCUCCAGGAUCGUCGCCGUCGACGAGUGCAGGAACAUACCAGUCAUAAUGAUGUCAUCCCAAGAUUCAAUUGGCACGGUGUUGAAGUGCAUGCAAAAUGGUGCAGUGGACUUCCUUGUCAAACCAGUGAGAAAGAAUGAGUUGCGUAACUUAUGGCAACAUGUGUGGAGACGGCACUCAAUGAAUAGCCAAUUAAAUGCAUCAGAAAACAAUGCAGCCAGCAACCAUAUAAGUGUGAAUUCUGGUAACGAGUCAAAGACAGGAGAGAACAGCGAUGAGGAAAGUGAUGCUCAGAGCUCAGGUAGCAAGAGGGAGACUGAAAUUCAGAGUGCUGAGAAAUUACCUGAGAUUGUGAAAGAUAAUGGAGCAAGCUCAUCCAGAGAACUUACAAUGCAGAAUCGACCUUUUGAUAGAAUAAACAUAAAAUCACACUCAGUGAAGGAUACUGAUGAUGUUCCAAGUAUAAAUGCAUGUGCCACCAGUAAACCGCAAGUGUUUUCAACUGAGAAGAAUGUUCGUUCAAAGUAUCUUAAUGGUAUUACUUCCGCAAAGGUUGCUGGACAGAUAAUGGAUAAUGCCUUGAGAAUUGCUGAUUCAAGUUCAUGUCGUCCAAGUGAUCCUGGCAAAGAUCGUUUGCCUACUGCCCAACCAACAACUAGCAAAAAAUGCAAAUCUCCAGUCACGAAGAAUAGUGCUGUCAACCCUGUCGUGGAAAAUACCCUUCCAGAAAAUUUGAAGGGUGCUGCAAUAGGCCAUGCCGAGUCUGUGCCCUCUCCAUCCUUGGAGAUCACCUUAGGAAAGCAACAGCCUCUUAAUGGUUACACUACCCAAGAACUGAAGGAUAAGGAUAAUUUCAAUCACUCAAAUUCCUCUGCCUUUUCAAGAUAUGGUAAUAAAAGGAUAGUACCAUCAGCUAAGCCAUUGUUUCCCCCAUCACUCCACUUAACUUUUCAAGAACCUGUUCAUGACAAGAAUGUCCAACCUGGUGGGGUCUUGCCCAGUUCCCAUGAACAUAAUACAUACAAGAGUGCAACGCAAGCUCAGGUUCCUUUGGACAGUUCUACAGAGGCUGUUUUCAUCCCGUGUUCCAGCAGUGUUAGAGAAGAUGCUGGCACAAGUAGCUCCUCCCCUAGAGACACAUCGAAUCAUCCUCCAUAUGGGUUUAUACCUGUUCCAAUUCCUGUUGGUGCUGCUAUACCCUACCAUUAUGGUGCAGUUAUGCAGCCGAUAUACUACCCACAGGCUCCUUUUAUGCAAUGUGACCCGUCUGGCAUCAACCAUAUGGCAAUUCAGCAUGCAUCUUAUCACUCUAAUUACCAUCAGAAUCUUAGUAAACCGUCAGACAUUCAUGAACACAGACAGCUAGAAGAAAAUCAGCAGUUGCAUCAUUCAAGACAAAUUCUCCAGGGAUCAGGAGAACCAGUUGACAUGUCGAGAGCCCAUGCGGAGCAUGCUAACCAGAGUGCUAGCUGUAGCCAGGAUAUACGCAGAGGAAGUGGAUGGACUGUGAGCGGUGAAACUGAUACAAACACAAAUACAAUAAUUGCCCCAGAAAGUGGCAAUGAGAGCGGCAUCCAGAACUUCGGUAUUAACGGAUUGGAUAGUGAUCGAUCACGUCGUGAAGCUGCCUUGUUGAAAUUCCGCAUGAAAAGGAAAGAGAGAUGCUUCGAGAAGAAGGUCAGAUAUCACAGCAGAAAGAAGCUUGCAGAGCAACGACCAAGAAUUAAAGGGCAGUUUGUGAGCCAAAAACUCAAGUCAGCUACAACAACAGAAGAUGUGGAAACUGACUAGUAACAUUGUUAAUUCAUGAUUGUACUUUUGAUACUAACCUUCCCAGGUGAGGGAGGGCAUUUAAAGUAACUAGUAAGAGUGAAAGGCUGGCAAAAGUUUUGCUUCCAGGGUUAGCCUUUUGUACAAGUGUCCAGUGUACUCCUUUGUCAGUUGUUUAUUGACAUCCUUUGCCUGUAAA